CUGGACUCCUCCAUCUCCUCCACCUCAGACUUUCUGCACAGUCAUCUCCCUUCUGAGCCAGAGGCAUCAACCCGGGCCUCCCUCUACACUCCUCCUCACUCAGGAUGGGCAACAUCCAGGACAGGCCUUCAGAGAUGAUCCAACGAGAGAGGAAACAACUGGUAGAAGUCCUCAAAAAUGAUUCAGUCAUCCUGCUGGAUGGGCUUAUGGCUCGAGGCAUCAUCACAGUGAGUGAGUAUGAGUCCCUGGAUGCCAUGAAUGACCCUGAGCAUGUAGUGCGCCGGAUACUUCUGAUAGUACAGAAGAAGGGUGAGUUUGCUUGCCAGGAGCUGCUGAAGUGUGCGUCUGAGAUCCAUCCGUACGACUCCAGAGACCCUUAUUGGAACUGGAAGCUUACACCAGAGGGAUACAGCCAUCAUCACCACAGAAGUCAUGACUCAUGUUGCACAAAUGACCAGAGGAAGAUUUCAUGUGGGGGUACAUGCAUUGGGGUUCCUAACCCUGCAGAUGAGGAUAAGACUGGUGAUAUGGAGAGAUCGCAGGACUCAGAGGCAGCAGAAUUGGACACUCUUGAGGACCAAGAGUCUUCAAAGGAUCCAGAGCCAGAGUCACAAAGCCCAGAAGAAGAUGAGUCGGCGAAUGAGGUUCUGGAAGAGCCAGAGCCACAAAGCCCAGGAAACAAUGACCUUUCAGAGUGGUAUGUGGAGCCAGAACCAGAGCACGGAGAAGUAGUAGAAGAUGAAGGAGAAGGUGCUGAUGCAGAGGAAGAUUUCUGAUGGAGCCAACUGAAAUGACCACUGCCCCAUCCUACCUGCCAUACCAGGGAAUGAGGUCAUCAUUGGGGUAGAAGAGUACUCAGGCUGGGGCACCCAGCCUCCUGAGUUCCUGCCCAGCUAAGGCUUGGGGUCUGGGGUUGUUCCUAUUUCAUUUGAAUAAACUCUUAAUAAAGGGUC